ACCACAUUCCCACGAGACGGCCGGCGACGACGAAGGGGUACUACGGUCCGACGAUCGACCACGGGAGGGAGCGCGACCGUGAGCGCCGGCCGGCCGGGGAAGAGAUAUGAGCUCGUCUGCUUCCGGCUACUGAUCAUCCUCCGAGCACCGGCGAAAUGGGGACGAAAGUUAAUAUUAUAGUAGGUUCUCAUGUUUGGGCUGAAGACCCUGAAAUUGCCUGGGUCGAUGGAGAAGUUGUUAAAAUCAAGGGCGAAGAGGCUGAGAUCCAAGCAACCAAUGGAAAGAAGAUCACCGCGAAUUUGUCGAAACUCUAUCCCAAAGAUAUGGAAGCAGCUGCAGGUGGAGUUGAUGAUAUGACAAAGUUGUCCUAUCUCCAUGAACCAGGAGUUUUGCAGAAUUUGGCAACAAGAUAUGAACUUAAUGAAAUAUAUACAUACACGGGAAACAUUCUCAUUGCUGUCAAUCCUUUCCAAAGAUUGCCACAUCUGUAUGAUCCACAUAUGAUGCAACAGUACAAGGGAGCACCAUUUGGAGAGUUAAGUCCACACGUUUUUGCUGUGGCAGAUGUUGCAUACAGAGCAAUGAUUAAUGAAGGGAGAAGCAACUCUAUUCUUGUAAGCGGUGAGAGUGGUGCGGGUAAAACAGAAACAACAAAAAUGCUUAUGAGAUAUCUUGCCUAUUUGGGUGGCCGAGCUGCUACCGAAGGAAGAACAGUAGAGCAACAAGUUCUAGAAUCAAAUCCAGUUCUUGAAGCUUUUGGCAAUGCCAAAACUGUCAGAAACAACAAUUCUAGUCGAUUUGGUAAGUUUGUUGAGAUUCAGUUUGAUAAGCAAGGGAGGAUCUCAGGUGCUGCUGUUAGAACUUACUUGCUAGAAAGGUCACGGGUAUGCCAAAUUUCUGAUCCUGAACGCAACUACCACUGCUUUUAUCUCCUCUGUUCUGCACCACAGGAGGAGGUUGAAAAGUACAAAUUAGGAAAUCCUAAGACUUUUCAUUAUCUUAAUCAAUCAAAUUGCUACGAGUUGGUUGGGGUUAGUGACGCUCAUGAAUACUUGGCUACUAGAAGAGCAAUGGAUAUUGUUGGCAUCAGUACUCAGGAACAGGAUGCUAUUUUCAGGGUUGUUGCUGCUAUCCUUCAUAUUGGUAACAUUGAAUUUGCCAAGGGCAAAGAAGUUGAUUCCUCUGUUUUGAAAGAUGACAAAUCUAAGUUCCAUCUGGACACAACUGCAGAGCUUCUUAUGUGUGAUCCUGGAGCCCUGGGAGAUGCUCUUUGUAAGCGUGUCAUGGUAACACCAGAGGAGGUUAUAAAAAGGAGUCUCGACCCUUACAAUGCAACUGUCAGCAGGGAUGGUCUGGCAAAGACAAUAUAUUCCCGCUUGUUUGACUGGCUUGUUGACAAAAUAAAUAGCUCCAUUGGACAAGAUGCUAACUCUAAAUCUCUUAUUGGUGUCCUGGACAUCUAUGGUUUUGAGAGCUUCAAGUUAAACAGUUUCGAACAAUUCUGUAUUAACUAUACAAAUGAAAAAUUGCAACAACAUUUCAAUCAGCAUGUUUUCAAGAUGGAACAAGAGGAGUAUACCAAAGAACAAAUUGAUUGGAGCUAUAUUGAGUUUGUCGAUAAUCAGGAUGUUCUUGACCUUAUUGAGAAGAAACCUGGUGGUGUUAUUGCACUUCUAGAUGAGGCAUGUAUGUUUCCCAAGUCAACACAUGAGACCUUUUCCCAGAAGCUGUACCAGACUUUUCAAAAGCACAAACGGUUUGUCAAACCAAAGCUAUCUCGCACAGAUUUUACAAUCUGUCACUACGCUGGAGAGGUGUUGUAUCAAUCUGACCAAUUCCUUGACAAAAACAAAGACUAUGUUGUGGCAGAGCACCAGGAGUUACUAAGCGCUUCUAAAUGCUCGUUUAUCUCAGGAUUAUUUCCUCCUCUACCAGAGGAAACAUCCAAAUCCUCCAAGUUCUCUUCAAUUGGUGCUCGCUUCAAGCAACAACUUCAAGCUCUUAUGGAAACACUAAACUCUACAGAACCUCAUUAUAUCAGAUGUGUCAAGCCAAAUAAUGUGCUAAAACCGGCAAUUUUUGAGAAUGUCAAUGUCAUGCAACAGUUGCGCUGUGGUGGUGUACUUGAGGCAAUCAGGAUCAGCUGUGCAGGUUAUCCUACACGUCGCACAUUUUAUGAGUUUUUGCAUCGGUUUGGAAUACUUGCUCAAGAGGCCCUUGAAGGAAAUUGUGAUGAAAAGGUUGCAUGCAAGAGGAUUCUUGAAAAGAAGGGUCUUGUGGGAUUUCAGAUAGGUAAAACAAAAGUUUUUCUAAGAGCUGGCCAGAUGGCCGAGUUAGACGCUAGGAGAACUGAAGUACUCGGUGCUGCGGCAAAAACAAUUCAAGGGAAAAUACGGACACAUAUCAUGCGGAAGAAGUUUAUUUCUUUGAGGAAGGCAUCUGUAUGUGUUCAGGCAAUAUGGAGAGGAAGAUUGGCUUGUAAACUCUAUGAUCAAAUGCGAAGGGAAGCGGCUGCCAUCAAAAUUCAGAAAAGCCAACGUAGGCAUCAGGCUAGGAGGUCCUAUAAACACCUAAAUGCUUCAGUUCUUGUAGUGCAAACGGCAUUGAGAGCGAUGGCAGCAAGAAAUACAUUCAGAUAUAAGAAGCGAUCUAAGGCAGCAGUUAAAAUUCAGGCCCGUUAUAGGUGCCAUACAGCUCAUGUGUACCAUAAGAAGUUAAAAUGUGCAGCCAUUGUUGCACAAUGUAGAUGGAGAGGAAAGAUUGCAAGGAAGGAACUCAGAAAACUUAAAAUGGAAGCUAGAGAAACAGGUGCACUGAAGGAAGCAAAGGAUAAACUUGAAAAGAAAGUGGAAGAACUUACAUGGCGUGUGCAGUUAGAGAAGAGAAUGAGGACAGAUUUGGAAGAAGCAAAAGCCCAGGAGAUAUCAAAACUGCAGAGCUCUAUGGAAGCCCUGCAGGCCAAAUUGGAUGGUACAAGUGCAAUGCUUGUCAAGGAAAGAGAAGUUGCUAGAGCUAUUGAGGAAGCACCUCCUGUAGUGCAGCAAACCGAGGUUCUAGUCCAGGACACUGAAAAAGUUGAUUCCUUGACAGCAGAGGUGGAAGAACUUAAGACCUCACUACAAUCAGAAAAACAAAGAGCGGAUGAUAUAGAAAGAAAACGCUCUGAAGAAGAACAAGCAAAUGAAGAAAAACAAAAGAAACUUGAAGAAACUGAAGUAAAAAUGCGUCAAUUCCAGGAAUACCUCAGAAGGUUAGAGGAGAAACUCUCUAAUGUAGAAUCUGAGAAUAAAGUCCUCCGUCAGCAAGCUGUGUCAAUGGCUCCAAGUAAAAUUUUGUCAGGUCGUUCCAAGUCCAUAUUACAGAGGAACACGGAAAGUGGUAAUGUAUCAACCGGCGAUUCGAAAACAGCUCCAGAGUCUAAUAAUGUGGCCUCUCCUAAAAAGGAAUUUGACAUUGAUGAUAAGCCACAGAAAUCUCUUAAUGAAAAGCAGCAGGAAAACCAAGAUCUAUUAAUUAGGUGCAUUGCUCAGCAUUUGGGGUUUGCUGUAAAUAGACCAGUCGCUGCUUGCAUCAUAUACAAGUGCCUUCUCCACUGGAGAUCAUUUGAAGUAGAGAGGACAAGUGUUUUUGAUCGCAUUAUUCAGACCAUUGGCCAUGCUAUUGAGACACAGGACAACAACGAAGUCUUAGCAUAUUGGCUCUCAAAUGCUUCAACACUUCUGCUGUUGCUUCAAAGGACGCUGAAGGCAAGUGGAUCAACAGGGAUGGCCCCACAACGACGGAGAUCAUCAUCUGCUACUCUUUUUGGAAGGAUGACCCAGAGCUUUAGAGGAACCCCGCAAGGUGUAAAUCUUUCUCUAAUAAAUGGAAGCAUGGUUAGUGGAGUAGAGACACUAAGACAAGUCGAAGCCAAGUACCCUGCUUUAUUGUUCAAGCAGCAACUUACAGCAUAUGUGGAAAAGAUCUACGGAAUGAUCCGGGAUAAUUUGAAGAAAGAGAUCUCUCCUUUGCUUGGUUUGUGCAUUCAGGCCCCAAGAACAUCAAGAGCAAGCUUAAUGAAAGGAUCUUCACGUUCAAACACAAAUACAGCUGCACAACAAGCUCUGAUUGCUCACUGGCAAGGGAUUGUAAAGAGCCUUGGAAAUUUCUUGAACAUGCUGAAAUUGAAUAAUGUUCCUCCAUUUUUGGUACGAAAGGUAUUCACCCAAAUAUUCUCAUUCAUCAACGUACAACUUUUCAACAGUCUGCUAUUGAGAAGGGAGUGUUGUUCAUUCAGUAAUGGUGAGUAUGUAAAAGCGGGAUUAGCUGAACUCGAGCAUUGGUGUUAUCGAGCUACCGAUGAGUAUGCAGGUUCAGCCUGGGAUGAACUAAAACAUAUUAGACAAGCUAUUGGUUUCCUGGUGAUUCAUCAAAAGCCAAAGAAAACAUUGGAUGAAAUAAGUCACGACCUUUGUCCAGUACUUAGUAUACAACAACUAUACAGGAUCAGUACUAUGUACUGGGAUGACAAGUAUGGAACACAUAGUGUGUCCCCAGAGGUUAUAUCAAACAUGAGAGUAUUAAUGACUGAAGACUCUAACAAUCCUGUGAGCAAUUCAUUUCUUCUGGACGAUGACUCAAGUAUACCGUUCUCUGUCGAUGACAUAUCCAAAUCAAUGGAGCAGAUUGACAUUUCUGAUAUCGAACCACCUCCACUCAUUCGGGAGAACUCAGGCUUUGUAUUUUUGUUGCCUCCCCCUGAAUAAAUAGCUGGCGUACACAAUGCAAGACUUGGCCCAUGAAAUGCAUUUCCUUAGCCAGAAAUGUGCAGCUUAUGCAAAGUGUGAGGUGUUACUAGUUUCCAUUUCCCAAUGAGCGAGAUACGGAGAUUCCUCGUUUGCAAUAUCUUGAUACAGGUCGAUGUAAAAGAAGCAGAGAUGCAAGCAUACCUAGAAUCAGCUUCUAUGCUUUGUUUUUUUAAAUCUUCAUCUUUAUUUUUAUCUGUUCUUCUAAAGUUCAGAAUGGUUAGACACUAGUUCAUAUCAAACUAGUUUAGAAAAAUUUAGCAGAAUCAGCGAAGAUUCAUUCGCUCCUUAGGUAAUUGUAGAGUAUUUUUGAGGUCUGCAAGUGAUGUGCAAUAGGAUAUUUCUUUUCCUCUUUCGGUCAUUGGUUACCCACUUUGUACUUAUCAUGUGUAUACCAAUAUAUUACUACAUUGAAUUGCAGUUGAUGAUUCUUUGUUGUAUGAGU